AGGCUCCGUGUCGGAGAGGACGCUGGCAGUGAUUGCGUGAGAUUCGACGGACCUCUGCCCUACGGGGGAUGUUUUCUGCUUGCCAUGCUGUGGAUGAGCGAUGUGGCGGCCUGGGGCGAUUUCGCUGUGGAAAUCAAGGAGUUCGGCCCGCCAAGCAUACCGCCGGUGCUGUGAUAGUACAGCAUAUGUUCAGGAGCUCUUCCAGGAGUUGCGGCACUUCUCCCAGCUCCCGCGGCCCCACGACGCCCAGCCCCUGGCGCGCCUGGCCCUCCGCGGGGCUCAGCUGACGCCAGCGCUGACGCAACGGCAGCGGGCGCUGCUGGCGCAGCGCCUGGAAGGGUUGGACUGGUGCUCCUGGGAGGUCUGCGAGGCUUUGGGAGAGGAUGCAGAGAGCUAUGUCGACAACUUACUACCUGCUGAGUGGAUGCUACUUUUGCGCUAUUUCACCUCGUGUGGCUUCGUUCAUCAUGGCUUUUGCCAAGCAGCUGUUGCAUGGCUGCAGUUUCACGAGGCUUCUGGGAAGCUGCAGCCGAAACAGCUGCAGGAGUUACUCAGCAGCCUGGCCUAUGCGGGGCAUCUCACAAGAGAGCUGGGAGAAGAGGUGUGUAAGACAUUGAAGCCCUUGCCUACUGAAGCGGAAGAACAGGUGUUGGUUCGUUUGGCCACCACCUUGGCUUCUGUGGACGUGGAAACUCCCGAGUUCUAUCGGCAAGUGCUGUCCACUGUGACCGCCCCAAAAACGGUCCCGGCCGGCCUCCCAGCUGGGGGCGCAGAGGAAGCCGAGGACCGUG